CUGAGACCCGCCGCGCCCCGGCCCGGCGCGGCCCCGGCGCCGCCAUGGAGCUGGAGCCGUCCGCAGAGCUCCCGGAGCCCCGCGCCGCCGCCAAGGGGACACCCCGCAACGCUACAGAUGUGGAGCAGAUGAGUUCUUCCUCUCCUGUCCUUCCUAUGAACUCCAUGGGCAAUGAGCGGGUGGAUCAGCGAACCUGCCUGAUCUGCGGGGACAGAGCGACGGGGCUGCACUAUGGGAUCAUCUCCUGCGAGGGCUGCAAGGGGUUCUUCAAAAGGAGCAUCUGCAACAAGCGGGUUUACAGAUGCAGCCGGGACAAGAACUGCGUCAUGUCACGCAAACAGCGCAACAGGUGCCAGUACUGCCGGCUGCUCAAAUGCCUCCAGAUGGGGAUGAACAGGAAAGCAAUCAGAGAGGAUGGCAUGCCAGGAGGCAGAAACAAAAGCAUUGGACCUGUCCAGAUAUCAGAGGAAGAGAUCGAGAGAAUUAUGUCUGGGCAAGAAUUUGAAGGAGAGGCAAACAUGUCAUGGAGCAACAACGGAGACAGUGACCAUAGUUCCCCUGGAAAUGGAGUUUCUGAGAGCAACCAGCCUUCACCCGUUUCUACUCCAUCUUCAAGUAGGUCUGUGGAGCUGAAUGGAUUCGCUGCACUCAGGGAUCAGUACAUCGGGACGCCGGUGUCCACGCACUAUCAGUACCUGCCGCACCUUUUUAGCUACUCUGCUCACUCAGCUCUGCUGCCCCCCCAGACACGCAGCCUGGACCCCCAGUCCCACAGUCUUAUCAAUCAGUUGGUGUCAGCAGAGGACCUGGAGCCGCUGGGCACGCCGAUGCUCAUCGAGGACGGGUAUAAAGUGACUCAGGCAGAGCUGUUUGCGUUGUUGUGUCGUCUGGCGGAUGAAUUGCUUUUCAGGCAGAUUGCUUGGAUCAAGAAGCUGCCGUUCUUCUGUGAACUCUCCAUCAAGGACUAUACCUGCCUGCUCAGCUCUACAUGGCAAGAGCUGAUCCUGCUCUCCUCACUGACUGUUUACAGCAAGCAGAUCUUUGGUGACCUUGCAGACGUCACCUCCAAGUACUCGCCCUCUGACGACGAGCUGCACAGGUUCAGUGAGGAGGGGAUGGAGGUGAUGGAGCGGCUCAUCUACCUCUUUCGCAAGUUUAACCAGUUGAAGGUCAGCAACGAGGAGUACGCGUGUAUGAAAGCCAUUAACUUCCUAAACCAAGACAUCAGGGGUCUGUCUAACGCCUCCCAGCUGGAGCAGCUGAAUAAGCGGUACUGGUACGUGUGCCAGGACUUCACGGAGUACAAAUACCCCCACCAGCCCAACCGCUUCCCGGAUCUCAUGAUGUGUCUGCCGGAGAUACGGUACAUCGCAGGAAAAAUGGUGAAUGUCCCCCUGGAGCAGCUGCCUCUCCUUUUUAAGGCUGUUCUACAUUCCUGCAAGACGAGUGUGAGCAAAGAGUGAGCCCAGCUCGGCCCGGCCGGUGCCUUACGCUGUGCCUCAGGCAGGGAGCUCGCCCCGGGAGAGGGGCAGACGCGGGCCGGGCAGGAGACGAGGUGGAGGGAGUCCCUGCCCUCGUAGCAAGAAUCUUUUGUUUGUUUGUUUUUGUUUUUUUACUCUUUUUCCUAUAUAUUUAUUUCACGACAGAGUUGAAUGUAUGAUCUUCAACACGAUGCACAUGGUUCUGUAUGAAUGCAGCAGAUGCAUUCUCCAGCGGUUUACAGAAUGUGAAGAUGUUUAAUGUUACAGUGUUUGUUAGGGUUAGUUCUUUUGUAUUUGGGGGCUGGGGACUGAGAUGACUAAGACUACCUCAAGGAGAAGAUGCUGUUCGCACACUGCUCUUUCCAUGGUGUGUACCCAGAAGCGUUUGUGGCAGAGAGCAAACGGCUUCACCGCACCGACGAGCUGGGGGAUCCCAAGGGAUGGUUUUGGAGAAGCGGGUGUUAGACAAGUGCCAAGCUUGCUUUCCUUCAGUGUAAUAAUAAUUUUUAAAAGGCAGGGAGUGGAGAGGGAGGAAAAGUCUGUCCAGCCACUUGGUUUCUUUUCCCCUGGUAUUUUUCAGAUGCAGGUUUCCUUAGAUCGUGGCCCAAGGAGGAUGGUAGAGGUGUGAGGGGCUUGUGGCCUCUCCAGGCAGCUGUGGGAGGGGGCUCUGCCCCCAGCCUGACUCACUAGUGCUGCAUGCCUUUCCCUGCCCCUGAAAUGGCAUCGUGCAGUUCACAGCAGGCUUCUGGCGUUACACUUGUGCUCCUGUUGCUAGAGAACUGCCAGUGAUUUCUCAUCACUUCCUUAACGUCCAUUCUAAGUUCACAAAAGCAGGAAAAACCUACUUAGAGGAGAGUCAGGAUUGCCUCUUCUAAUGUAUUCCUCCAAGGUGGUAUCUGACUACUGAGGAGGCUUCUGCAUGGCAGCAGCCCCAAGCAGCCCAUUUCUGGGAACAGUUGACAUACCCUGUGAUUAUACGUGACCUGUGUAACAGGGACAGGGGACUCCAGUGUCCUCUGGUAGGGCUUUCUCUGCUGGACUCAGAGAAUGCAUGAUCCAGUCGUGUUCUGCUGCUUGUGGAAUCCCUCUGACAAGGAAGAAUAGUAUUAAUGCAGUACUAGGUGUUGCCAGGCGUGGACUUUCCAUCUCUCAGCCUCCACACUACUCCACUGCACAGAGCACUGGCUUAAUGACACCUGGUUAGUUGUUUGAGGGAUUGCUAGGUGCUGGUAUUUAUCUAAACUUGAGUAUUCUCAUAAGUAAGUUCAUGGCUUCGUGCCCUUGGUGGUGGUGAGGACGCUGGAUGAGAUGCCCCUGCUCUCAUCUUCGCUGUGAGUUAACUUCCAAAGACUCGGUCACUCUUCUGGGCAGCCCUGGCUGGAUUUCCUUCCCUGUGUCCUUAGAUAUGAAUCUGCUGUUUAUGUAGCAAGAGGGUUCAUCAAUGAAUGUUGGAAUGUUGGCUUAACAAUAUUUUUGGAAACAACUUCUGUUCCUCCAGGGUUGGAGGGAGCAGUUGUGACCUUGUUGCCCUGUCCUGACGCCAGCUGUGUGGCACAGAGCGAGGGCUGCUCAGAGGUACUGAAGCUACUGAGAGAUCCAAAUGAAUGUGGUGAACAGGAGACAAACCUCCUUCACCAAAGUCAUCUUUCCUUCCCCAUCACCCAGCAGGCAGUCCCUCGGCUGCAGCCCAGGAGAUGCUGUGACCUGCUGGCUUGGCACAUCCUUGGGCUAGCGAAGGGCCGGGCGAGCCUCUGGCGGGAGCCCCGCUGCGGGCUGACCAGGCUCCGCUGCCUUUGCCAUCCCCUUGGGCACCUUCCAGCUCGACCGUUUCCCUUUUCCAAACGUCCAGUAGCUGCUCAUGUUUCAUUAUUUAAGUAGGGUGUUACGGGUAAGAGCUGCUGGGCGCAGCAGCAGCUCAGCUGGACAGAGCUCGCAGCCCAGAGCCGGCUCCGUCAGUCUCGUCCGCUUCUGACUGCACGAUGCGACGAGCGCGUGUUUCUCAGGAAAGCCUUCUGCAUACAGCCUAUACCUCAAGUGUGAAUGUGAAGAUUUUAGUACAUCUGUUUGUAAGUUAGAAAGUAUUUCUCAGCUUUUAAUUUCCAAAUAGCUUGAUAUGAUCUUUUUAUUACGGGUUAUCUCUGGCUUGAUGUUUUAUACACUCAAGGAACUGGUGAAAUUGCAUAGGAGUAACUCUACAGUUACUGAAUUAUUAUAACCUGUGGAUGAAUAAGAGUUUGUUUAAUUAGUGUACAUAAAAGUGGUCAUCUUCUUGCCAAAUACCCAACAAAAAAAUAAUCUAUUAGAUACUCUCUGUUUAUCCAAAAUAGGCUCCCAAGAAUAAUGCUGUACCAACAACAACAAACCUCAGCUCAUCCACGGCGAUGAAUGGACAGGAGUGUGCUCCUUUCUGUGGUAUAAAGCAGGUUUUACAGAGGCUGAUUGGCAGCAAUAUCCAUUGGCAAAUAACCCAUUUGUUUUAGGGAGCAGCAAAGCCUGACUGAACUGACAGGUAAGGAGGAAGCUGCUACACCGAUCCAGAACCUAACUCACCGGACAGUCAUUGUUAAUAUCUGCUGCACCAAGUCCUCUAACGACUUGUAUUUUUUAAACAGGGUAAAGUGAAUGUGUUGCAUUGCAAACUCAGGUAUUAGGAGGAGGUAGGAAUGUAGCUAGAGAUGUAGAGACGUUAGGUCAGUCGCUAGAUGUAUUUGUGAAUUUGGUUUGAAGGACACCCUGGGAAGGUUGGGAUUUUUCUUCCAUUCUUCAUGUAACAUUCGGUUUACAGGGACUCAUAUUUUAUUUGUGCUUAAUGCUAGUAGGGGGAAGUUCAUUAUCUUUGGUAUCUAUCUGCUCUUGCUUAUCUGACCUUCUGUCAUAGAGGAAUCAAUCAACAAUAAUAGUCUUUGGUAGAAUUUUCUGCCAUGACAAGUCAAUUUUUAUCCCCGAUUUGAAAGAUAAAUUGGCUGACUGACCCCCUCCUCUCCUUCAUGGUGUUUGUGCAGAUGGAAAGCUGAAGAGUUACUUUUAAUCUGAACAGAGAUUUGGGACAUAAAUUUGAAGUGCUCAGGCUCACAUUCAGAGGGACUCCACCGAGGAAUCCUCACUGCUGUUCGCAGCAGUAAGCUCGUUGCCCAGUACAGAGCAGGAGCUGCCGCUGCCCGGGUGUAGGGGGCCGAGUCCUGGCUUGGGUGGCAGGACCCCAGGAGCUGAACAGAAGCUUGUGUCCCCGCUCUGCAGUUGCCCCCACCCUGCAGUUGCCUCUGCAAAGGCUCGAGCUCUGGCCGAGUGCCCCUCGCUGCCCGUCCCCGCUCUGCUGCUCCCGGCAGAGCGUGUCCCUGCUCUUCAGGCUCCUGCACAGAGCCGCAGCCACCUCAGCUCGAGAAGUUUAAGUCUUGUCCUUCAAACCAACCUUUCUUAAAAAAACUUGAAUUUCUUUUCUCUUUAGUACACUUUUAAAAAUGAAAAAAAAAGCUUCUGCUGUGAAUGUGCUAUUGACCCCUCAUUCUUCCUCUGUCUUGGUUCUGAUUUGAAGCUAUGAAGCUUGGUGUCUGUGAAAAUGUUGUUAUUUCUCAGGAUAAUAAGCGGCAAUCAUCCCUGCCACGUGAAAGGCAGGAGAAAGGGGGAAACUUGGGGAACUAGUUGAAGUAUGAAGCUAAUUUUUAAGUUGUAGGUGAUGUGUAAAUCGAGGGUAAUGCAUAGAAUGUCCGUGUCAAGCUGUGGCGUUUCUCUGGGUUCACGGUGUGUUCUUUGCAACACACGGAAGCUCAGGGAUAAGUAUUUAAACUGUGACCCAGAGAAACCCUGGUUUUGAUGUUGCAACAGUUGCUUCUUUCAUGACUUGUUUGGAGGAGCCGUUGAAAGCUGAACAAAAGCCCCAGAUGGAGAUUUGGGGGGAAAAAACCUUUGAUUUGGCUUGUGGGAAGUUUGCCUCCCGAAGGCUUACACGCGGUCUCACGGGAGAAGCAGCCUGAAGGUGCAGGUUGCCACUGGGGCCAGUGAAGAGCCUGCAGCUGGGGGUCUGCUCUGCCCCAGGGGUCUGGCAGAGCAGAGAGGCAGAAGGGCCUGGCCAGGGCUGUGGGAGCUGCUGCCAGUCCCAGAGCUGCACGGCUUCCUCUGUGCCCGCGAGGCUGGAUGGGGAAUUGAGGAAAAAUGCAUUGUUUUUGGUAACUUGGUGCUUUUGCUGAAAGCACAUCAGCUGCUGUGGCUGGGAGGGGUCUGUCCAGAUUGCUUUGUCCUGCCUUGGGUGCUGAGUGUGUCUGAGAGCUCCUGGAAAAGGGGCAACUCGCAGUUUCUCAUGUGUCCCUGGCAGCCAGUCCCAGCGUUCUGUCCUCGGUUUGUUGCUUAUGAAUUGGAGCAUCGUAAUUUCCAGUCACUGCAACUUUCUCAUCAUGGGCUGAUAAGGUUGUAGACUAAUCAAGCUGCUUGAGAAAGGUCCUGACAGAUGAAACUAGUUCAGUUACAUCUGCCAGGAGUAUCCCAAAGACCCUGUCUGGCCCUUUGCUCCACGGGCAGUGUCAUCAAAGCUUGCAGGGCUGAGACCCGCCUUGCCAGCAGCUUUGCUGGCCAGGAUGUGCCGGUGUGAGCUCACACCAGCCCUGCCAGGAGCUGCUGAGGCCAAUCCAGGCAGUAGCUUCUCCUUGAAAAAACACAUGUAAAAAGAGCUCCUGUGCAGCAGACCUCUAACAAGUCUAUUAAAGAAGCAACAUGGUGCAGGGGAAGAAAUGCCCCCAAGGGCAAAAAGAAACAGAAACUGAAACCAGAUGACGAUCAACCUUAACAAAGCCUUUUGUGAUUCGUUUUUUUCUUUCAAUUUAUAAACUGUCUUGUAAUAGUUGAUAACAUUAUUGACUCAAUUUCCAUAACAAAACUACCUCGUGUGACAUCCUGUUUAUCGUCUCAAAGGGAUUGUGUGAAAAACUAAAUACUGCCAGUGUUUGUAGCCUGAGGGACAGGGGGGUGAUGACUGGACUCCGUUCCCUUCCCAUGGGUCGGGUCGGUUCCUGUUACUGCCGCAGCUUUUGACCUGCGGGUGAUGGUUUUGGCUUUGUGCCCUCCGGAGCCCCGUCCCGCCAGAAGGCUCUGGGCUGUGCACUUGUGUGCCGUGGCCACUGCUGCACCGAGCUGCCGUCCCCGGCGUGGGCAGAGCCUGCAGCCGCCUGUCCCCGCGCAGCCCGUGGGCUCUGCAGGGAGGGCUGAGCCCUGUCCCUCCGGUGCGGCACAGCCCCUGCCCGUGGCCAUGGGGCAGACGUGGCUCUUGGCUGGUCUGGUUUUCGUUGGUGCCCGUGGAGCCACGGAGCUGGUCCCAGCUCUGUCCCGCUGCAGAGGCUGCAGCUGCUGGUGUGGCACUGAGCCGGCUGCGGGACGGGUCCAGGGCGGGCUGGGGCUGCUCUUCGGGUCCUUCCACUGACGCUUCAGGUGAUGGUUUCUCCCAGCAAAACAUUUUUCCCACAAUCCCUUGUGUAAAUCAGGGAAGCAGGAUGUUGCCUCGGCGUGACACACGGUGACCGCUGGCAGGCUCAGGGCCGGGCGCGGGGAGCAGCGGGCGCUGCCGCCUCUCGGGAGCCGCUUUCCCGUCACCACGCUGCGACCAAACGAAUGUUGGUGUGGCACGGCCGGCUCCCCUGGCGCGGCGGGGCCGACCUGCCCCCGCUCUGCUGCUCUGCUCUGUCACUUGACUACCUGUGGAAAUGUGACCAAUAAGUGUUGAACGCAUGUUUAGCGAGUGUUAGCUGUAUGAACUAAUAAAUGUGAACUGUUCUGCA